GCACCAGCGUGGGCAAAGCGGUGUGUGGAAGCAGUACUUGAAGCUUUCUGCAUUAAUAGCAACCCCUUGUAUUCAGAAUGGACUCUUCGUUGAGUGCAACUGAGAUCCGUGAGAAGUUUAUUAACUUCUUCCGUCACCAUGAGCACCAGUAUGUCCACUCCUCAUCCACCAUCCCACUGGAUGACCCGACACUGCUAUUUGCCAAUGCUGGCAUGAACCAGUUCAAGCCCAUCUUCCUCAACACCAUCGACCCAUCUCACCCCAUGGCCAGGCUCCGUCGUGCUGCCAACACGCAGAAGUGUAUCCGUGCAGGAGGCAAACACAAUGAUCUGGAUGACGUGGGGAAAGAUGUUUACCACCACACCUUCUUUGAGAUGCUGGGGUCAUGGUCCUUCGGGGACUACUUCAAGCAUCUGGCAUGUGAAAUGGCCUUGGAACUGCUGACCAAGGAGUUUGGUAUUCCCAUUGAGCGCCUGUACGUUACCUACUUUGGAGGCAGUCCCGAGGCAGGCCUGGAGCCUGACCUGGAGUGCAAACAAAUCUGGAUCGACUUGGGGAUGGAGGAGGCUCGUGUCUUACCAGGCAGUAUGAAAGAUAACUUCUGGGAGAUGGGGGACACUGGCCCCUGCGGUCCCUGCAGUGAAAUCCACUAUGACCGCAUUGGUGGGAGAGAUGCUUCUCACCUGGUAAACAUGGAUGACCCCAAUGUCCUGGAGAUCUGGAACCUGGUGUUCAUUCAGUUCAACAGAGAGUCAGAGACAGAGCUGAAGCCCCUGCCCAAAAAGAGUAUUGACACAGGCAUGGGUAUGGAACGUCUGGUAUCCGUACUGCAGAACAAGAUGUCAAACUAUGAUACUGACCUCUUCCUUCCAUACUUUGAAGCUAUUCAGAAGGGUACAGGAGCCAGGGCCUACACCGGCAAAGUAGGUGCUGAGGAUAAGGAUGGUAUUGACAUGGCCUACCGUGUGUUGGCUGACCACGCCCGUACCAUCACCAUCGCCCUUUCAGAUGGAGGCAGACCUGACAACACCGGAAGAGGUUACGUGUUGAGAAGAAUCCUGCGCCGCGCAGUGCGUUACUCCCAUGAGAAGAUGGGAGCUCAGAAAGGCUUCUUUGCCUCGCUUGUGGAUGUUGUGGUCGCUUCCCUAGGCAAUGCAUUCCCAGAGCUGAGAAAAGACCCAGACAUGGUGAAGGACAUUAUUAAUGAAGAAGAGGCACAGUUCCUUAAAACUCUCAGCAGAGGGCGACGCAUCCUUGACAGAAAGAUCCAGAGCUUGGGAGAGAGCAAGACCAUCCCAGGGGAUACGGCAUGGCUGCUCUAUGACACAUAUGGCUUCCCCUUGGAUCUGACUGCUCUCAUCGCUGAGGAGAGGGGUAUGGGUGUGGAUAUGGCUGCCUUUGAGGAGGAGAAAAAAGCAGCACAGUUGAAGUCCCAGGGUAAGGGCUCAGAGGACAAAGACCACAUUAUGUUGGACAUUUAUGCCAUUGAGGAGCUGAGAAACAGGAAUAUACCAGCCACUGACGACUCCCCCAAAUACAAAUAUACUUCAGAUGACAAUGGCAACUAUGAGUUUGAGCAGGCUUCAGCCACAGUCCUGGCCCUGCGUCGUGACCGUGCCUUCUGCGAUGAGGUGACCACUGGACAAGAGUGCGGCGUUGUCCUGGACCAGACAUCCUUUUAUGCUGAGCAAGGCGGACAGAGCUUCGAUGAGGGUUAUAUACUCAGAGAAGACGACAGCACAGAGGACCGGAUGGAGUUUACAGUGAAGAAUACCCAGGUUAGAGGAGGCUAUGUACUCCAUGUGGGGACGGUCUAUGGAACGCUGAAAGUAGGCGACCGCGUCACCCUGCACGUAGAUGAGGCCCGUCGUCGACCUGUCAUGAGUAAUCACACUGCUACGCACAUCCUCAACUUUGCCCUGCGUGGAGUUCUUGGGGAAGCAGACCAAAGGGGGUCCCUGGUAGCCCCCGACCGCCUGCGAUUUGACUUCACAGCCAAGGGUGCCCUGAGCACUGGGGAGGUCCGCCGGACUGAGGAGAUUGCCUGCACCAUGAUCCGAGAUGCCAAGCCGGUGUAUGCCAUGGAUGCCCCCCUGGCAGAAGCCAAAGCCAUCCAGGGCCUGCGUGCAGUGUUCGAUGAGACCUACCCCGACCCGGUCCGAGUUGUAUCUAUUGGUAUCCCUGUCCAGGACCUUCUGGCUGACCCAAACAGUGCUGCUGGAUCCCUCACCUCCAUUGAAUUUUGCGGUGGAACCCACCUGCAGAAUUCGAGCCAUGCCACUCCGUUUGUAAUUGUCUCCGAGGAAGCCAUCGCUAAGGGCAUCCGCCGCAUCGUUGCUGUGACAGGUGCAGAAGCACAGAAGGCCCAGCGGAAAGCUGAUGCUCUUUCUCAGUCUCUGUCUGCUCUGGGAGAGAAGGUGAAGGCGCAGAUGGCCCCCAACAAGGAUGUACAGAAGGAGAUCGCUGACAUGACUGAGUCCUUAGGUACAGCAGUUAUUUCUCAGUGGCAGAAGGAUGAGAUGAGAGAAGCUCUAAAGGGGCUGAAGAAGACCAUGGAUGACUUGGACCGUGCUAGCAAAGCUGAUGUACAGAAGAGAGUCCUGGAAAAGACUAAGGAGAUGAUUGACAGCAGUCCCAAUCAGCCGCUUUUGAUCAUGGAGAUGGAGAGUGGAGCCUCUGCCAAGGCUCUAAAUGAGUCUCUGAAGCUGCUGAAGACCCACUCCCCGCAGACCGCUGCCAUGCUCUUCACCGUAGACCUUGAUGCUGGCAAGAUAAUCUGCCUAUGCCAGGUCCCACAGGAUGUGGCUAACCGGGGUUUGAAAGCCAGUGAGUGGGUCCAAGACCUGUGCCCAGUACUGGACGGUAAAGGAGGUGGAAAGGACAUGUCGGCUCAGGCCACCGGCAGGAACACACAGUGCCUGCAGGAUGCGCUACAAAUGGCCAACGAGUUUGCAAGGCUCAAACUGGGCGAGAACUAGAGGGGGUGUGGCCGGUAGAGAGAGAGUUGGGCGGGUGGGUGAAUGGAUGGGUGGAUGGAGGAGUCUUAGCAGGGUAAACUUGAGCUGAGAAUGAAUGCACGGGGAAGUCGGGGUGGAAUGGAUGUGAUGUGAGGGAGAGGAGGAUGAAUGACAGAGGAUGAAGAGUAGGCUGGUUAGGAAUAUACUCAGGGAGGUCUUCCAAACCAUCAAAUUUGCUUCCGUCCAAAAUCAGUCUCAUUUUCCAGAAAGUUGUUCAUUUCUCUUUCCUCACCUUCUCUCUUCCUGUCCUUUUACAUUACCAGGCUGAUCCUAGUUUGACCGGGUGAGAGGAGUAUCUCCGGUGUUUCCCCUCUUGCCACAGAGAAAUGUGACCUCUGAAACUCAGCCUAAUGAUGAAUGGGCCGAUGACAAAUUUAUAGUGUUGGAUGAGGGUGUUUUCACUCGUCUCAGUAAAGCGCUUCUUUCUUGAAAUGAGACAAGCUAACACCCAUAAAGACUUCCUCUCAUCCAGUUGUUAAAGAAGGGACCCCACAACAAAGACAGAUGGUUAGAGGAUUGCUUAGUAGCAUAUCGCUUUGAUCUCCCUCACUCCACAAUUGCAUGUUUGCAUGCAGACAGAUGGGAUGAGGGAUACGUGCUUGAUGUUCCUAAACGCAGCCUCUCUAGGUUCCUUCAAACCUGUGUAACUAGAGAAAUAUUUUAUGAUAAACCUAAAAGCUAUGAGUAUGGACUCAUCUGCUUUGUACCUUGUUCUCUCUCUUUCUUGGUGCCCGUCCC